GUGUCUCGGCUCCCGAGUAAAAAGAAAUCUGAUUGGCUCCUCAGCCGGCGACACGUGGGUCCGAGUGUGAGACAGAGAGACCGGCAGGGACGGGACAGUGUGAGGGAGAGAGUUGCUGCUACUGAGGGGCAUUAUCUGACCUGGGAACAUGCCGUCCGACCUGGCCAAGAAGAAAGCAGCCAAGAAAAAGGAGGCGGCGAAGGCUCGUCAGCGCCCCAAGAAGGAGAAUGGGGAGGCGGCCCCCGAGGAUUCCGAGCAGCAGCCCAGCAACGGCACCUCCACCCCCGAGGUGGAUGAAGUGACUCGGCAGAUGGAGGAGUUUGAGUUGAGGAAGGCGGCCGCCCGCGCUGUGACUGGGGUCCUGGCGUCGCACCCAAACAGCACCGACGUUCAUAUCAUUAACAUGUCGCUGACCUUCCAUGGGCAGGAGCUGCUGAGCGACACCACCAUAGAGCUGAACUCGGGCAGGAGAUACGGCCUGAUUGGCCUGAAUGGCACCGGGAAGUCCAUGCUGCUGUCGGCAGUGGGGGGGCGGGAGGUGCCGAUCCCAGAGCACAUUGAUAUCUAUCACCUGACGCGGGAGAUGCCCCCCAGUGACAAGUCGGCCCUCCAGUGCGUCAUGGAGGUCGAUACAGAGAGGAACUUGCUGGAGAAGGAGGUGGAGCGGCUGGCACACGAGGAUGCGGAAUGUGAGAAGCUGAUGGAGCUGUACGAGCGGCUGGAGGAGUUGGAUGCGGCGAAGGCGGAGGUGCGGGCGUCGCGGAUCCUACACGGACUGGGGUUCACGCCCGCCAUGCAGCGCAAAAAGCUCAAGGAUUUCAGCGGGGGCUGGAGGAUGCGUGUGGCCCUUGCCAGGGCCCUCUUCAUUCGCCCAUUCAUGCUGCUCCUGGACGAACCGACCAAUCACCUUGAUCUGGAGGCCUGCGUGUGGCUUGAGGAGGAGCUAAAGUCGUUCCGGCGGAUCCUGGUUCUUAUCUCUCACUCACAAGAUUUCCUCAAUGGCGUCUGUACCAACAUCAUUCACUUGCACAACCGCAAACUGAAGUACUACACGGGUAAUUAUGAUCAGUAUGUGAAGACGCGCCUGGAGCUGGAGGAGAAUCAGAUGAAGAGGUUUAAUUGGGAACAGGACCAAAUCGCACACAUGAAGAAUUACAUUGCCCGGUUUGGGCACGGCAGCGCCAAGUUGGCCCGUCAGGCGCAGAGCAAAGAGAAAACCCUGCAGAAAAUGAUGUCGUCCGGCCUAACGGAGCGGGUCAUUAACGACAAGACUCUGUCGUUCUUUUUCCCUUCCUGUGGGAAAAUCCCUCCCCCGGUCAUUAUGGUGCAGAACGUCAGCUUCCGCUACACCGCCGACGGGCCGCUUAUCUACAAGAACCUGGAAUUUGGGAUUGACCUCGACACCCGAGUGGCCCUCGUGGGCCCUAACGGAGCUGGGAAAUCCACUCUGCUGAAGCUCCUGACUGGGGAGCUGCUGCCAUCAGACGGAAUGAUCCGGAAACAUUCUCAUGUUAAAAUUGGGCGGUACCAUCAGCACCUGACGGAGCAGCUGGACCUGGACCUGUCGCCCCUGGAAUAUAUGAUGAAGUGUUACCCCGAGAUCAAGGAGAAGGAGGAGAUGAGGAAGAUCAUUGGUAGAUAUGGGCUGACUGGCAAACAGCAGGUCAGUCCCAUCCGUAACCUGUCUGACGGGCAGAAGUGCCGCGUGUGCUUUGCGUGGCUGGCCUGGCAGAACCCCCACAUGCUCUUCUUGGAUGAACCCACAAAUCACUUGGACAUUGAGACGAUAGAUGCCCUGGCAGACGCCAUCAAUGAGUUUGAAGGGGGGAUGAUGCUUGUGAGCCACGACUUCCGGCUUAUACAGCAGGUGGCUCAGGAGAUCUGGGUGUGUGAGAAACAGGCCGUAACCAAGUGGGCGGGGGAUAUCCUGUCCUACAAACAGCACCUUAAAUCCCGGCUCGGAGACGAUGAACCCCAGUGUAGGGGCAACUGAGACACAAGGAUCUUCCAAUUUAAGGGCAACUGAAAAGCAAAGCUGUCCCAGUGCAGGGGCAACUAAGAAGCAACGGUCUCCUAAGCAACCAGUUUGGGGCUUAUUCCUAUUUGUAACCAACAGACAGGGAGUCCCGGUUCCCAGUCGGCCCCUUGUUGGAGCCCGAGCUCUAUGCGCCCAAGGCCCCCCUUACCCCCUGGUGGCUCCGAGACUGAACUGCAGCUCAGGACUGUAACUCUGUGCGACUUCACUGGAGCCUGAAGGAAUGGAGGGUGGCUCUCCUACUCGAGCCUCAAGCUCACUCACACUCAGUCACACUUACUCCUUUUCUUUUAUAAGCCAAUUAUUUAUCUGUAACUUACCCUGAGACAAUAAAGAGAAUCCCUACAAA